GCAUAAAAGUUAGAUUAAGAUUGCGAUAGUUUAUUACAAAGUGGAGUAUAAUUGACGUAGAUAAUUUACUUGGAGUUUACGUUGAACAGCGAACCUACCGAAAGGAUCAUUAUUUUCGUUAGAAGUUAUCGCAUUACCUGCUGUUAUUGUUGCUACGAAUUAUUGUGAGGUUAUACCUACAUGCAACUUCAAAGCAGUUUGUUAUCUUCGAUUAUCCAUUCGAUUGGAAAUUUUGCUUCGGAUAGAAAUGUCAAAACGAAAACAUAAUGUAUCGUACAUAAAACCUGAGGAGCCCAAGUUCCUUCAACAAUUGAAGGCUCAGAUCGGUUACAAGGAGGGACCUUCAAUCGACACCAAGAAAGAACUCCUGCCGACAGCUACCGAUGAGGAUCUUCAGGAUCGCGACGAAGAAUUGCCCAUUGUAGUCGUAUUGAAUAACGGUGAUUUAACUGCCGAAGAAGCAGCCGCCUACGAACUCCAGAAAGAAAGAGAGGAUGCUCUGGUCCCAGCGGAUUUGUCCAAGAAGAUUAUAUUCUCAAAGACGAAAUCUUCCAAAAAAGAAACAAGUGUAGUAACGCAAAGCUCACCGCCAAAGAAAAGUAGAAAAGCUAAACGCAAUAAAGUUAUUCUGUCAUUUGAUCAGGACGAAGAGGAUUAGCUAUGAUAAAGAUAUACCCGACUACGUGAACUCCUCCCAAUCGUACAUUAUUUUUGGUAAGUUAGUUGCAACAAGCGAAUAGUCGUGAUAUCGCAUAAUCAUUUCCUUUAUACCACUUUCAAUCAAUUCGCUCCAAGAUUCCGACCGGAUAUUUCAUAAGUUAUUUCAUAAGAUGAGUUGCGAAGUUCCGAAUGUAAAUCGGCAACAAAAUAGUUGCCUUGUAUUUUUUUAAUAUUAUUUUUUCACCAAUAAAGUAUCCGUACUUGUGCGACAAAGUAA